GUGUCUUACCCAUAGUUCCUCCUCCCACCUCCUCCUGUCCGUUAUAGCCUCAACGCUUUAAUGCAACUGCGGUGGCCCUUUAAAUACCGCAAAAAUAACAGAAAGCAAAAACAGCCCUUACAUCAGACUUUUGUCCCAAAAUGGCCAAGCUGCAGGCCGGUUUGCAACCUGACAACAACCGCCAUCAUCUGAGACUCGGAUCCUGCGAAGAAGGACUUUGAGUGACUGCAGGCUCGCGCUGAGCUAACGUUACGCAGCUGUCUGAAACCAAAGCUAACGGCUAUCCAACGUUAGCUGUCCUGGACAUAUGAUAUAGGAUCACCUAAACACAGGGACAAGCCAACCCCGGGUACGAACAGAGACCCCUGAGACUCUGACAUGGACAAAGAAGAAGCAGACCGGCUGAUAGAGAAGGCGAAGCUGUGUUUACGGUCAGGACGGACAGAUCGGGCGCUGCAGCUGCUUUAUGAAGCCCAGAAUAUUUAUCCCAGCACCCGGGCCAGAGUGCUCAUCGAUGCCAUAGUAAGGAAUGAAGGGCCUUCCUCUCAAGAGGCGGACCACGUGCCCCCUCCAUCUGGCUGGAGAGACGAGGACAUCCGAAACAGUGAUAAGAGCAAUGCAAGUGCUGAAGACAAGAAGAGCUACACCGAGGAUCAACGCCAGGGUGUUCACAGAAUAAAGAAUUGCAAGGACUUUUAUGAAAUCCUUGGUGUUUCCAAAAAUGCAAGUGAAGAAGAUUUGAAGAAGGCGUACAGGAAGUUGGCCCUCAAGUUUCACCCCGACAAGAACUUUGCUCCAGGAGCUACAGAUGCUUUUAAAGCAAUAGGCAAUGCGUACGCAGUGCUGAGCAACCCAGAGAAGAGGCAGCAGUAUGAUCAAUACGGAGAUCAAUCUGCAGCCUCAAAUGCACCCCAACACUCCAGCCACAGUCGCCAUGGAUACCACAGAAACUUCCACAGAGACUUCGAGGCCGACAUUUCCCCAGAGGAGCUCUUUAAUAUUUUCUUCGGGGGGCGGUUUCCCACAGGAAAUAUCCACGUGUACACAAACCAAGGAGCCUCCUACUCUCAGUUCUAUCAGCCUCGUCGUCGACGUGCUUAUGAGAGGCGCGAGGAGGUGGUGGAGGACAACCAGAGUCAGAACACCUUCACAGCUCUCCUGCAGCUGCUCCCUGUGCUGGUGCUAAUCCUCAUAUCAGUGUUUACUCAGAUGAUGGCCACUAACCCGCCCUACAGUCUCUUCUAUAAGCCGGCCAUGGGGCUAGUGGUGUCCAGAGAAACGCAGCACAUGGGUGUACCGUACUACGUGGAUAAAAGUUUCCAGAAGGAGUACCGCGGAGCUACGCUGGACGAACUAGAGAAAACCAUCGAAAACGACUAUAUUGAACACCUGCAGAACAGCUGCUGGAAAGAGAAACAGCAAAAGUCAGACUUGGCAAACCUGGGACAGCUAUAUCGAGAUGAUCGGUUAAAGCAGAAGGCCGAGUCCAUGAGGCUCGACCACUGUGAGAAACUACAUCGACUGGUCGGGCGUCAGAGAGGCAAAUGAAAACUGUUUGAGAGGAGACCAUGUUUCUUUACGGACUUUACAACAGUGGGGUCUAGUGAAGCGUCUAAUUUAUCCAAUCUGGCCACUUUGUAAAGAAUCUCUUUUAGGUACAGCGCAGUCAGUGGGAGAUGAUGCCGAUGGAAAUAAUGUGCCUUCUCUCUUCUUCGAUGGUAGGAAAUAAGAGUUGCAUGUUGGCUGCCGGCUGUGGCAGCAGCAUCAAGUGCAAGCUCACUGUGGCAGUGUGUACGAUGAUUUGGAGCCUCUAGACUUUCUUAUAGAAAUGGUAUGACAUACGGGGUCUCCCUUACGGCUAUGAAGGCAGUUGUAUGUUCACACAGAAACAGUUUAUUUGUGAAGUUUAUUUAUUUUCUGAAUGUGUUUGUGUCCCUGCUGGAACUAUAGGUCUAUUUAUUUCUUAGUUUAUUGAUGUGAAUGUUACUUCAGAUGCUUGGAUCUUUUUUUUUUUGUAGGCAGUGACUUAAAUUAUACCUUAGUCUUUGGAUGAAUGGCAGAGCUUCUGUUCUGUGAAAUGACAUGACCUUUUAUUAGUAACAUAGACAAAUCAGCCAUUAUCAAUGAUUUUAACCUCUGAACUGUUGUUAAUCAGGCAGUUUGAUCUGCAGAAAACAAAAUCAAAAUAUGACAUUUGCUGAUUUAGUGGUUUCUUAUAGGUUUUGGUUUUCAUUGCCCAAAAAAUAAUGACCUGCUCUCUACACUACUGCUUACAUAGGUUGAACUGAGCGCAAGAAAUGGCACUUGUGUUUUAUAAUAAGAGGUUUUCAUUAGGCAUUUUCAUUUGUAACAAGCAGGGAAGCCGUUUUAACCCCCAGAAAAACUUUCAUACUUCUGCACAGAGCCCUUGUUAUGAACCUGGAAGAUAUAAAAAGCUCAGUUCUGAGUGAUACCUGUUUGGUUACCAGGGCAAAAAAUGGCAUGCAAUACCUGCUUUUCCUGAAUCAUGCACAAUAUUGGACAUUUUUUCUCUUUAGAAGAAUGCUUCAGCCCGUAUUUUGAAACUGUUUUAUUAAUCCUGCAGCUUCUCAUUAUUAAAAAAAAAACACAUUUUAUUCAGAUAUUUCAUCUUCAAUGGAAUUAUUGGUUAAUAAAUGAAAAGAGAUAAAUGUGGACACGGACAACUCUUCCCCUAAGAUAAGAGCUUCUUUCUUUUUUCAUUAAUGGGAUGCUUUCUCUGCAGAAUCAUUAACUUUAAUUUUUCUACCAAACCUGUAUCAUUCAAACCCCACACAGACAUUAAUAUUGUUGCUGUGCACUAAGACUGCCAAACUGCCUUAGCUGUUCUCAUACUUAUGAAUUAUUCAGGUUCAUCUCAAGCACUUUUAGGUUAAUAUUUAAUCCUGUGUUCCAUGUCGUCCAUGUUGCAUGCAGCCUCGUGAGUUGAGUGUUUUAUUAGUUACAUGUUUAUUUCAUGCUUAAAACAUCUCCAUGACUACUGACACAUUAAAUGAUAAGAAUGUUCAGGUCCACACUGCCACUCACAAAAUGUUAAACCCUAACUGUGACACACACACUAAGAUCAGGUUUUAGUAACAGUAAGUGUGGUAGUGCACUUUAAGAAACACUGCAGAAUUCAGUUUUCAGCCAAAAUAUGAGAUAAUUAAAUAUGUAUCCAGAA